AUGAACGGGACUUACAAGCCAGCACACGAAGAGUCACGCCAGAGCAGAUCCAAGUCGCCGGACGAUGGAUGCUUCUACGGUGAGGUACAGAUCAUCACGGGGACGGGAAGGGCAGCUUCUAGCUUCUUUCGACACGAACUUCUCGAGCGCAGUCUUCCGACGCAAUGCGAGGUCUAUCAACAUCAGCGGAAAGCAAAAGGGCUUUUGGCGUUCCUGCUAAGCAGCCAAACACCGUACCCAGCGGCCACACCGGAAUGCGCACUCAGAGGACGCGACAUCACGGGACCGACGGCACUACCACCGCACUCGGCAUCGGACCGGACGCGGCCCCGGACCUCCAAGCCCAACGGCGGCUGCGAGCCCACAUAA